AUGAGGCGCUUCGGACGCGUCUUCGCUUGCUCCGCGGGACUGGUCGGCCUAGGCGGAGCAGCUGCCUACGGCGGUUUGUACUACAACCACAAGAAGAGCAUGGUGCCGAAGGAGACGCGCUACUACUCUUCUCUAGCCGGCGAGGCGGAAGGGAGACUCGCCCACCUGCCGCCCAGCAGAGAAGCGAUGAUCGAGAGAAUGAAAAAAGAAAGAUUCGACCUCCUCGUCAUCGGCGGAGGCGCCACAGGAAGCGGAGUCGCGUUGGACGCCGCCACUCGAGGCUUGAGCUGUUGUCUAGUGGAGCGCGGGGACUUCGCGGAUGGCACUUCGAGCCGCUCGACGAAACUCAUUCAUGGCGGCGUUCGUUACCUCGAGAAGGCGUUCGAGGAACUUGACUUCCGACAGCUGUAUCUCGUCUGGGAAGCGCUCGAGGAGCGCUCACACAUGCUCUCUGCGGCUCCGUACAUGAACCAUCCACUCGCGAUUCUCAUGCCGGUUUACAAAUACUGGCAAGUGCCUUACUUCUGGGCGGGCGUCAAGGUGUACGGUCUCCUCUCCAAGCUCGUCUGCUGCUUCGAAACAGGAGUCCCCCCAAGCUCUUUCUUCCCCGCGGCGACGAGUGCGUUCUCCUUUCCGCUGCUUCCCGCGGCAGGCCUGAAGGGGUCGCUGCUCUACUUCGACGGCCAGAUGAAUGACAGCCGCAUGAAUCUUCAGCUCGCGCUCACGGCGUCUCUCGACGGCUACGUCGAAGGCAUGAAGGGCGCCUGCGUCGGAAACCAUCUGAACGUGGUGGACAUCUUGAAAGACGGAAACGGGAAGGCGGCCGGCGCACGCGUACAGGACAGAGAGACAGGGGAGGAGUUCGACAUCCACAGCAAGACAGUCGUGAACUGUGCAGGGCCUUUCUCUGACGCCGUCCGCACCAUGGCCGAUCCCACCCAGCCGAAGCUCGUAGAGCCUGCAGCAGGCAUCCAUAUUGUUCUUCCGCACUGGUAUACGUCUGCGUCUCCGUACGGUCUGCUUCUCCCGAAGACGACCGACGGGAGAGUUCUGUUUAUGCUUCCCUGGCAAGGCGCGACGAUAGCGGGGACAACGGAUGCUCCUUGCGAGCUUUCGGACGCUCCUCAAGCAACCGAGGAAGAAGUCGCUUGGGUCACGCGCGAGCUCGCAAGCUACUUGAAAAUGGACGAAAAACGCCUUCGGGACGACGUUCGCUCUGUAUGGAAGGGGAUUCGACCGCUGAUCUCUCACAUUCCCCAGCCGAACGAAGAGGCGGUGACAGCCGCUGCGACCAAGGAUGCGCAAGUCAGUACUGCGAACGUCGUCCGCUCGCACUACAUCGUCGUCGAUGAGAAGACAGGUCUUGUGUCGGUGCUCGGCGGGAAGUGGACUACCUACAGACGCAUGGCGGAGGAGACACUUGACGCCCUGCUGGCUGCUCAUCGCGACAAAGUCGCGACGACGCGUUCCUGCCGGACGAAGUCGCUGCUGAUUCAAGGCGCCGUGGAUCCCUCAGGCGCGUUGCCUCCGAAGGAGUGUAUCCCUGCCUCCGGAAUGCUCGAGGUGGAGCUGGAGAAGGAGAAUCCGUUCUUGUCCUUCUCGCAAGCUCGGCACUUGGUCGAGAGCUACGGCUUCCUUGCUCGUUCAGUCUGCCAGAUUGCCAAGGAGCGUCCAGACCUCUCUCAGCCGCUGAUCAGCGACGAAGCGUUCCCGUUUCUGAAGGCCGAGGUCCUUUACGGCGUGAGGUACGAAAUGGCGAGAAGCGUCUCAGACGUCCUGGCCCGCCGCAUGCGUCUGGCUUUCGUGGACGUAGCCAAGGCGGAGGCAUGCAUCGACGAGGUUGCUCGGAUCAUGGGAGAGGAGCUGAAGUGGAGCUCAGCAAAGCUGGAGAAGAAGAAGGAGGAGGCAGCUGCGUUUCUGAAAACUUUCCGGUGCUUGCCCGCCUCCUCGGAGGUUGCGUAGAAUAUUGAGAAACUUGGGAAGCAUCGAGAGGAAAUCGAGAGAAAGCCAGACGAAGCGGACCCGGAGGAACACACAGAGAAAUUGAUGUCGAGGAAAAAGAGUCUUAAAACUCGAAAGACAGAAGCCAGAGAAUCGAGUGUGGAUGCCGUCGCCUGACUCCGCGGCAGUGAACGAGGAGAGAGAAACGCAGAGAGAGGUCACGACCUGGGGAGCAAGAAGAGAGAUGUGGAGGAGCUCGAGAGGAUUCGAAGAAGAGAACGAACGCGUGAGAGAGCGAAAGAUGCGGAGACGGAGAGACGAAGUUGUUUUAGAAGGCGAAGAGAGAGAGAGAGGUUCAGAGAGAACAGGGAGAAAGAGAGACAGAGAUAAAAGGGACGAUAAAGAGAGAGAGAAGAGAGACGAAUAGAGGGAAGACGUCGUUCUUUUGCCGUGUGAUUCGCGAUCUGGUGCAUUUUCCGUGUAGAGAGCCACAAAAGG